CACGCCCCACAGCCAUUCCGUUAGGCUGUUUCGCGUCGCGAACAGGGAAGAGAAGAGGCGAAACAGCGGAGCUCCGGCGCGCUCUCAGCUCAGAUCUACUUUCUGAUCCCCGACCCCGAGUGCGAAGACGACGGCAGCGCUCCGGCGUAUUGAGGCGGUGAGGCUGCGCCCCUGCGGUCUUCAUCGACACUGGCUUCCAUAUUGUUGCUGGAGUGAAAUUAUUCUUGCUGGUGGGAAUGGCAAGUACAGCAUGCUUUGUGAUUGUCAGUAAGAAUGACAUACCAAUCUACGAGGCAGAAGUUGGAUCUGCACCAAAAAAAGAAGAUCUGUCUUAUCACCAUCAGUUUAUCCUUCAUGCCGCAUUAGAUGUUGUUCAGGACCUAGCAUGGACCACAAAUGCAAUGUUCCUGAAGUCAGUUGAUAGAUUCAAUGACCUUGUGGUGUCUGUUUAUGUAACUGCAGGUCAUACCAGAUUCAUGUUGCUUCAUGACUCACGCAGUGAAGAUGGAAUAAAAAGCUUCUUUCAGGAGGUCCAUGAACUUUACAUCAAGAUAUUCCUCAACCCACUUUACCUGCCUGGCUCUCGCAUCACAUCCUCCCAUUUUGAUACCAAGGUCAGGGCCCUCGCAAGGAAGUACCUGUAGUACGCAGGCAUGGAGGGUUUUAUAAGCUAAUAAUGUAGAGGCAGGCAGCACAAGAGGCAAACUCCAUUGUUCUGGCGCCAUCUUCUCAUGUCCUCGUUGCUCGGCUUUUUGAGAAAUGCUGAAAUGGAAUGUUAUUGGCUUAUUGCGCAUCACACAAGUCCGAGCUUCCUGUAUUUUUUUUCGUGGCUUUGGCUUGUGUUAUGAGCUAUAUAUGGACCGUUGCUGUUCCGAACCAAAUGGCUUAUGAACUGUGACUUUCGAGAAUUUGCUACUUGAUUCGGCAAUUCAAACCUGAAUGGAUUGUGUUGCGCAUGGCA